AUGGGUUCCCCUAGUUCCUCGUCCAUCACAAAUUAUUACUAUAGAGAGUUUUUAGCGGAUGAUGGUGAAUCCACCGAUGAGGAGGUCGAGCAAGAGGCGGUUACGAGUGCCUGUCAACUAGCGGUGAGAUAUGUGAAGCAUUCUCGCCAGCCCGAACGUGAAGUUAAAACAAGAGAUUAUAUUGAACUAGACCGACGUGCGGCAAACGAUCGGUUGAUGAAAGAUUAUUUCGAUGAGGCGCCAACAUUUCCGAACCCAGAAGUUUUUAGGCGUCGUUUCCGAAUGAGUAAGCAUUUGUUUCUACACAUCGUCGACGACUUGGAAAACAACUUCGAUUAUUUUAAACAAAAAGCGGAUGCGAAAGGGACACUUGGAUUCACCGGUAUUCAAAAGUGUACGUCGGCGCUACGAGUCCUUGCUUACGGAAACACGACCGACAUCAACGACGAGUAUUUAAAAAUGACCAAGAAAACAACGCGAGACACCUUGGAGCAUUUUUGUCACGGUAUUAUAGAUUUGUACAGUGCGCGUUAUUUGAGAACGCCCACAUGGGACGACCUUCAAAAGAUUUACGAGGUACAUUCUGCUGAGCAUGGUUUGCCUGAGGACUGGAUUUCUGGCAGAGCUCCAAAAGCGUCUUUUUACGCAAGCGGAAACUACUACCCUCAUGGAUAUUAUUUGUGCGACGGGAUUUAUCCUAGGUAUUCAAUUGUCGUGAAGAUGUUUAGUGAUCCUAUCGAUGAAAAAAGAGCACGCUUUAGAAAGGUUCAAGAGUCUUCACGAAAAGACAUUGAGAGGUGCUUUGGGGUUCUUAAACAACAAUGA